AUGCUACGGGCCUCUGCUGCCUCAAUCAAACUAACAAACCUGUAUGGGGCACCGUCAGGAGACACGUAUCAUGCGAGUGAUCCAUUUGCUAAUUUAAUAGAAAUUGAUGGUAUUCGUAUUUUACUGGAUUGUGGAUGGAAUGAUACAUUUGACUCCCAUUAUCUUGACAAACUUUUACCCUAUCUAGGUGACGUUCAUGCUGUCUUGUUUUCCACAUCAGAACUAUCCUCAUGCGGUGCACUUCCUUUUGUGCUGGAGCACAUUCGACCUGGAACUUGCAUUGCUGCUGCCGGUUCCACGUCAAAGAUUGGACUUCAUGGAGUUUUGCAUCCAUUUCUUUAUCUCUUUCCCAAUAGCCAUACCUUUCAACUUGAUUCUGGGAUAGAAUUUGAAAUGACAGUAGAUAAGAUAUACAGCACUUUUCGAAGUGUAACAGAACCAUACGGAGGUAAAGUAACAAUUCGUCAUCGUGAUGUUGAAGUUGAAUGUUAUCCUAUUUUUACUGGAAGAAUGCUAGGAGGACAUGGAUGGCUUAUAAAAUAUCAAAUUGAUGAAUUAUUUUAUUGUCCAGAUUUUUCUUUAAAACCUUCAUAUGCGUUAAAGCGAUUUGUGCCACCUACAACUGCAACACUUCUCUUUAUUGAUGGUUCUCCACUUCAUUUGAGUGGGAAUUCUGGUAAGAAGUAUGAAGAACAAUUAAAUACCUUUAUUCGAGAAGUUUUAAGUACAUUAAGAAAUGGAAAAAAUGUUUUGAUUCCAGUAUCUGUUGCAGGUAGAGGUCUUGAAAUACUUACCAUUGUUAUACGUCUACUUAUGGAAAAGGGAGGAGAUAACUAUACUGUUGUCCUUGCGUCUAUGCAGGCAGCAGAAUUGUUGGGGAAGGCAAGUACCAUGACAGAAGUUCUUCUGGAUGAGGUUAUAUUAAGUGAACAUCCAUUAUUUGCAAAUGUUGUAACUUGUAAAACGGCACAAGAGGUUAUGAAUGUGACAGGUCCAAAAGUUUGUAUAGCUGAUGGAGAGACUCUUGAUUAUGGUAUAUCCGCAGAACUCCUUGAAUAUUUUUUGCAAACUGAACCUGAUGAACGAGAAAAUCUAAUUGUUUUACCUACUACACCUAAACAACAAACAAAUGCUUUUACAAUUGCUACAUCAAGUAAAGGUGAUGUUAUAAAAUUACAGUAUACGAAACGUUUACCAUUGGGCAAGGAAGAACUGGAAGAAUACUAUAUUCAGUUAGAAUAUGAAUUAGAAGAACAGAAAAAAGCUAUGGAAAGUGGUGCAUAUGAGGUUGCUGCAAUUGAAGAAGAUGAAAGUGAAAAGGAUGAGGAUGCAGGUGGAGAGGAAGAAAAGACUGUUGAAAAGGUACAACAGUGUACACCAGGUCUUGUACUUCCUUCUUACAUUAGUUUUACUUCUAAACAUCUUCAAUUCCCUAUAUUGGAGACUACCAUUGCACUUAACAGUGCAUCAUUGAAAAAGAUGGAUUAUUCGUACGGAAUUCCUGUAAGUGAUGAACUUCAAACUCUUAUGCGACGCAGGGCACCUGCCAGGGUUUACAGUGAUGAAGGACCUGAAGGAAUUCAGUUACACAAUGAUGUUCAGGCAGAAGCAAACAUUCCCUCAAAAACAGUCUUAGUGACGACAAAUAUGCGUAAAAAUGCUCGUGUUUUUAUGACAGAUCUUUCAGGCUUCGCAGACUCUUCAAUUAUGCGGAGUUUAUUAAAAUCUCGAUUUAGCUUUCCUAAAAAAAUAGUGGUAAUACGAGGUACUAUUGAUGAUCACAGAACAUUAACUCAAUUUUGUCGAUCCGAAAAAGUAAUGAAAUGUGGCGAGAAUGUUUUUCUUCCGAGGCCUUUGGGUAGCUAUCUGGAGUUGGCUACUCACGUAUAUUCAUACAUGGUUCAACUUGAUCCUAUGUUGGCUAACACACUUCCAUCUUCGCUAAAGCGAGUAAAGGAGUCACGAUCAAAUGGUUCAUGGGAUGUUGGGUGGGUGGAUGGUGUUCUGACAAGUUCCAUUGUUUCAAGUGACCUUGAAACAGAGGAAGGUCAACCAAUAAAACGACUUAAGAUAGAUAGUGGUGAUACCCAAGAUACUGUAUUUACCCUUAUGGGUCUUUCAAGUGAAACGGCACAGUUGUGUGCUCAGGAACGAGAGUCACGAGGUCUUCAACGUGGUUUGUUUUACGUUGGUGAGAUAGACUUGCAUAGACUUCGUGACACCGCACGAAAUGAAAAAGGUCUUCGGGGAGAAUUUCAUAAAAGUGCACCUAUGCUUGUUUUUGACGUUGGCGUAUGUGUUCGAAAGAGCGCCAAUGGGAACGUCUCGCUCUCCUCAAUGGUUUCACCCUCUGUUUUUGCUCUCAGAAAGACUGUUUACAAUCAGUUUUCUCAGAUUCUCUAG